AUGACUGGGGAAACAAGAAGCAAAGAGUUGAACGGUGGGGCGUCGGGAAACUUCGCUUCUGAAUCAGCAAACAUCAUCACCAAACUCAACAUCACCAAACUCACUAGUAUCACCCGCAUCACUAGCAUUACCAACAUCGUCACCAUCACCAACAUCACCAAAAUCAUCAUGCAGCGCCACAUCCUCCCCAAGCCGCCUCGGAAGACCUUCUGCCACUGGCGCGAUUGCAACGAAGUCUUCGACUGGUUCGAGCAGCUGCAGCUCCACAUGCAGAGCGCGCACAUACCGCCCUCCUACCUAUCGGACCUGUGCUUCUGGAAGAACUGCGAUCACAUGAAUAGCGACCGCGCCGCACUGCUGCGGCACACAGAGUCGCACCACAAAUUCGCGCCGCGGCGCAACCUGUGCGUCUGCGGGACCACACACAUCGACUCGAUCACGCUCGCGGGAAUGCAUGUCGGCAGCUGCGCCGCCGCAAAGAAGGCCGGCCUCGACUGGGAGGAGACGAAGCGCCGCAUCAUGGCCGGUGAGACGUUCGAGGGCAAGGGCGUGAGGAACAAGCGGAAGCGCGCUGGCAACAAGGUGGUUUCGACGCCGCCACCGCCGUUGGGGAAGAGCUCCGAACCGACUAACUCGCCGGUCGUUACCCCACCGUCUAGCAGCCCGGAUGCGAACCCGAGCUACAUGCCGCUAAAGAAGCGAGUGCGCACCCAGCUACUCCCUGUCGUUGCAGGCGUCGCUACCAGCGCCCCGGUCCGCCGCUACAACGCCCGUCGCCAGAUUCUCGCUCGCGAGGUGGACGCUGCGCAGGCCGCCCCACAGAACUACCAGGCGUUCCGCCCCGCGAGACAGCUCGCAAUGCUUAUGCGCUCGGAUUCCGCCCCGCCCAAAAACCACUCAUUCUUCGACACGCUCACCAUCCCAGCGCACCUGCGGUGGAUGGUUUACCGCGACGACUACUACUGGAAGCCCAAAGCCUCGAAACCCGAGGGCCAGGUCGGCAAUCCGUGGUGGACGACGGAAGACUCCGGCUUGCUUGAUGAUGAUGACGAUGGCUGCGGAGAGUGGGCGUAUGGUAGGAAGAGGGGCUACAAGGAUAUUAAGAAUCCGAUCCCCCUUGAGGAACAGGCGGAGAUGGCGAAAAGGAUUGCGAUGAGCAUUACUGCCAUGGAGGAGGGGGAAAUGCCCGCUGUCAAGGCGGGGGGAGGCUAUCACUCGGUUCUUCCCUAG